CAGUGGAAGCCAGGGCUAUCCUUCUGGGCAAGGAUUUGUUACUCAGGGAGGGAACUUUUAUGGCCAUGGAGGUCAAGCUGUUGGUAGGAGAUCAGGAUUUCGGAAUUCCAGACCAAAGUUUCCUCCUUCUGUCAACGGGUGCAACAACUGCUACGAGCUCGGUCAUUGGGAGAGAGCGUGCACUAACCCAAGAGCUCCUGACAACUCCUUCCCCUAUCAUCUCCUCGGGCAUUACUGAGUCAACUGCAGGUUUCAAUACAAAGAAAUCAUGAGGGAUUUCCUUUGAGACCGGUCCUUGUAGCAGUGUUUCAGAUUCUUCAAUUCAGGACAAUCUUUUAAUCAAAAAUUUAAGCAAAAUUGAAAAUCAAGUUUUUUCCUUUUCAAACUCUGGAAAUUGUAUUCACAAUACUAAAAGUGUUUGAUUUUAUGCAGAAGUUCUGAAAGCUGGAACUACAGUGAUAAAUAUUUUGAAUUCUGGACUUUCUUUGCAAUUUAAACCUGGCAUGGUCCCUAACCAUUUUUACGAAGAAGAUAAUAACAAUAGUGCAAAAAAACAUUCAAUAUUUUUAAAAGAAAAAAUUAAAGAGUGGGAAAAAUUAGGCCGUGUAAAGAAAGUUUCUUCAGUUCCUUUAAUUGUAAAUCCUUUGUCAGUUGCUGAAAAGUUAAACAAAGAGACGAGAGAAAUUAAAUUAAGACUGGUUUUAGAUAUGUCUCGUUUUAUUAAUCCCAGAAUAGUUAAACAUCAUUCACAUUUGGAUAAUUUAGAUUAUUGUGAGCCUUUGAUUGAACCCAAUCAAUUUAUGGCAUCUUUCGACCUAGCUGAUAUGUAUCAUCAUGUUCAUCAUGUAAAGUUAGCCCCUGAUCAGUAUAAAUAUUUUGGUUUUAAAAUGUUUGAAGAUGAUGGAACUUUUCAAUAUUAUGUGUUUACUGUUUUAAUGUUCGGGUUCAGUGAUGCCGUUUAUAUUGUAGAUCAGUUGAUCAAGCCUUUAAAAUCUUUUGUUAAGAAUUUUGGCAUUUAUUUUUCAAUGUAUAUUGAUGAUGGAAAGAUAGUUUCGAAUUCAUAUUCUUCUUGCAAAAUGCAUGUUGAGUUUGUUCUUAAGAUUGUUCAGUUCAGUGGUUGGAAUAUUAAUUGGAACAAGUCUGUUUUGUUACCUACUCAAAGUCUCAAAUAUUUGGGUGUAAUAAUUGAUACUGUUCAGAUGAAGUAUUUCGCUCCUGUUUAUAAACUUAAUUAUCUCGAUGAGAGCAUCAGGAACAUAAUUUUAAUGUACGAAAAAAGAAAAUUUAUUAAAGCUGUGGAUUUUGCCGCUUUAAUUGGAAUGAUUACUGAUCUGACUAAAUCUCAUGGCAAUGUUUGUUUAGCUUGCAUGCGCUAUUGUCAUCAUUAUUUGGGUAAACAUGUCACAGAUUUUUGCUGGAAUGUAAAGUUUAUGCUCGAUCAACAAUGUUUAUCUGAAAUUAAGUUUUUUCGUGAUAUAAUGUUCAAGUACAAUGGAAAUUUCAUAAAAAAUUCUAAUACAGCAAUUAAAAUUUUUGAACAUACCGAAAUAGAAUUUUUUAAAUCUUGUAUUGUUGAAGAAGAAUUUCGUAAAAAUUGUAAAUUGUUUAUUUCCGACGCUUCUGACAAUUCUGCCUUUAUAUAUGAAAACGAUAAUUUUGAGAUUGGUGAAGAAUUUAUUUUUAACGAAUACGAAGCUCUUAGCUCUUCUGGCUUAAGAGAAUUACUUGCUGUAGAAAAGGCUCUCUCUUCUCAACCGGUUUAUUUUCAAUCUUUGUCAAAUCACAUAAUUUAUUGGAUGACGGAUUCACAGUGCUGUUUCGCCUUUUUGAAACGUGGUUCACGCAAAUCUCAAAUUCAGAAAGUUGUUUUACGAAUUAAACAAUUCGAGUUUCAGUACAAUAUUAAAAUUAUUCCGAUAUGGAGUCCUCGUACUUCUAUACAAAUUCAGUUAGCUGAUUUAGGCUCUAAAUUUAGUUCCAGCACUGAUGAAUGGUCGAUUGAUAAAAUUUCUUAUGAUGCCAUUUUGAAUUACUUCAACGUUGUUCCGACUGUGGAUUGCUUUUCUUCAAACUCAAAUUCAAAAUGUUUAAAGUUUUUUUCAAAAAUUCCUCAAGUUGGAACGGCUGGUAUUGAUUUUUUUGCUCAAACUUUAAUACGUUCAGAAGUUUACUGGUGUUGUCCUCCACCAAAAUUAAUCAUUCAAACUAUUAAACAUAUUUUAUCUUUUGUUAACGUUACUAGCAUUGUCAUUUUGCCAAUAUGGAAAAGUUCAAAUUUUUGGCCUUUUAUAAAGCGUGGAGUUUAUUUAGCAAGAUUCAUUUCAAAAUACUAUAUUUUUCAACCUGUUUUUUCAAUUUCCAACGCUUGUAAAAAUUCAAUUUUUUUCGGUAAAAAGAAUUUUUCUAUGCUUGCGAUAUUAAUUAAAUCCAAUCAAUUAGAUAAUUGUUUAAUGGUUGAUUGGUAAAUUUCUAUGUUGCAUUUAGGUACAUUUUAUACUGUUUUUCAUGUUUCAGAAUGGAUGUUCCUAACUUUUAUUUGACAGUUGGCAGGGAGGAAGAAGUUAUAUCUGAGCAGAACAGAAUUGAUGUGGCGAUCCAGGGCACACAGAUUCGAGAUAGUCAUUCAGGAGAGAACUAUGUUCUUUUAUCACAGGAUAUUAAUUCAAUACAAAUUACAGUUCCUUCAAAGAACCUAUCGGCCCCUUUAAUGCUCGGGGGUGAAAUUAGGCCGGCAGUGUGAAAAGUUUCAGAUCUUGGAGAAAUUUAUAACUUAUUAAAUCAUUCGUUAGCAGAGGGGACUAUUUCAAACUAUAAGUCAGUGAUUGGAAAAUUCGCAAAGUUUUUGGCAGAAACGAACCGGGAUAUUGCCAGUUUUUCUAGGAACGAUCUGGAGAUGUUUCUAGGGUUUGCCGGAGAUCAGAAUUUUAGUUAUUCAUUUUGGUGUAAUAUAAAACCAGCUCUAUCAUGGUUAGAAAAAAUAUUAGACAGAAUAGACACAGUUUUU